CGUCGUCUAUCUUGACGUCACCUUACGUUGGGCUGAACCGUCCAAUCCGUUGUUGCGAACGAAGAGUGGCUUGUGUUUGAAAAUCUUCACCCUCGUAGCUACUUACUGGAAAUAAGGGUUUGGUAGCUACAUUUUGUGCGUAGCUAGUUGGCCAUCUUCAGAAAGAAACUGGCUGGAAAUCAGAACAAUCGACAUAGACAAUUACUCUGUGGGAAGAUCCGGAGUUAGCACUAUGUCUGGAGGUGACAUGUGCAGCCACGUUAAGGUGGUGGUUCGGGUGCGGCCUGAGAACUCAAGAGAACAAGGCGGCAACUUCCAGAAAGUGGUUCAAGUUGUUGAUAACCACAUGCUUAUCUUUGACCCAAAAGAGCAGGAGAUGUCCUUUUUCCCUGCACAGAAACGCCGCAGGGAUAUCCGUACAAGAGGCAACAAAGACCUGAAGUUUGUUUUUGAUUGUGUUUUUGGGGAAACAUCUUCUCAGUUUGAUGUUUUUGACAACUCAACCAGAGAUGUCAUUGAUGGAGUUUUGAAUGGAUACAACUGCACUGUUUUUGCCUAUGGUGCAACGGGAGCAGGGAAGACACACACCAUGUUGGGAUCUGAAAACACCCCUGGAGUGAUGUAUCUCACCAUGAAGGAGCUGUUCAGCCGAAUUGAUCAAGUCAAGGACGAAAAAACAUUUAAUGUUGCUUUUUCCUAUCUUGAGAUUUACAAUGAGAACAUCCGUGACUUGCUGGCCAGCUCUGGACCCCUGGCUGUCCGUGAGGACAGCACCAAGGGAGUGGUGGUCCAAGGCCUCACCCUGCACCAGUCGAAAUCAGCUGAGCACAUCCUGGAAGCUCUGGAUUACGGCAACAAGAACAGAACGCAGCACCCAACCGAGGUGAACGCCACCUCCUCUCGGUCCCAUGCAGUGUUCCAGGUCUAUUUAAGGCAACAGGACAAGACAGCCAGCCUAAAUCCAAAUGUAAGGGUUGCCAAAAUGAGCCUGAUUGACCUGGCAGGUUCGGAGCGAGCCAGUGCCACGAACGCCAAAGGCGCCCGCUUCCGGGAGGGGGCCAACAUCAACCGCUCGCUGCUCGCUCUGGGGAACGUCAUCAACACCCUGGCUGACCCCAAGAGCAAAAAGGCCCACGUGCCAUACAGGGACAGCAAGCUGACUCGGCUGCUGAAAGAUUCGCUGGGAGGAAACUGCCGAACCAUCAUGAUUGCCAACGUUAGCCCGUCGUCCCUGUCUUACGACGACACCUACAACACCCUGAAAUAUGCAAACCGGGCCAAAGAGAUCAAGUCUGCUCUGAAGAGCAAUGUGGUCAGUCUCGACAGUCACAUCAGUCAGUAUGCGGUGAUAUGUGAGAAGCAACGAGCAGAGAUAAUGGCUCUGAAACAGAAGUUGAAAGGGUAUGAGGACAGAGAGACUGAAGCUCCAGACACGCACGCAAAGCCUGCUUCUGCUUCCGCCAAGACGCAAGCUGACUUUGAGAGGAUGGAAGAGGUCCUCCAGCGCUUGUUUGCGAGCCGGGCGCAGAUCCGGAAGGAGCAGCUGAUUCUGGAGCGGCAGCUGAAGGAGAACGCCCUGCGGCAGGCCCACAGGGAGGAGUGCCACCGUCAGAUCCAGCUGCUCUGCGCCCAAGACAAGGCCGUGAAGCAGGCCACCUGCAAACGCGAGCGGAGACUGGCCUCCCUGCUCGCCCACAAGCAGCACCUCCGGAGAAGGCUGUCGGAAGUGGGGCAGCACUUCCUGGAGAACGAGGGCUGGCUGCACCGCGUGGAGAACGAGAUGAGGCUCCUGUGUCAGGAUGGGAAGGUGCCGCAGGUUCUGGAGAGAGAGCUGCAGUGCCACAAACUACAGACACACGUAGAGGAUCUUAAACAACACAUCCAGCAUAUGACUCAUCUCAUUAUUCUGCAGGACCAGGAUAAUAAACACACUCAGAAGAUGGUGAGCGCCAUGCUAACGACGCUACGCAGCCAGUACAGCGCGCUGAAGAGCUCCGGCCUGGCCACCUCCUCCCAGGACUCCCAGUACCAUGACCUGGAGCAGCUGGUUCUGCGGGAGCGGGGCGUGGUGUGGGCCGACCAGCGCCAGGCAGAGGGCUGCACGGACACACAGCCCAGCCAGUCAGAACUUGCGUCCAUCCUGAGUUUCUCACACCUCGUCUCCCACAAGAGCACUCCCUGCAGUGCUGAUAAAUUAAGGAAGAAAUCUGCCCAGAGCAAACAACUGUCUUCAUUAACAGGAGGGUUAGCAGACCAGGAAAACAAGGAGAAACCCCAGGCGUUGCCUGCGGAAGUCCAGCCCAGGAAGCCCACCAGGAGGAAGCUGACGGUGUCCCCCCCGCAUCCCGAUGCACCCGGCCUGGCCCUGCCUCUGUGUCCGCAAGGCCUCCAGGACGCUUUCAGACAAGAGGGCAUCUUCCCUCUGCAGUAUACCCCCGAGGCCUGCCACACCCUGUCCCCCAAACUCGCCCCAGACUCUCAGGCCUUUCCCAUCGACCUCAAUGCCACCUUUGAUGUAGUGAACAGCGCGGAGGCCGGCUCGGGCGACUCCACCAUCAUCAUCUCUACAGGCACCAGCAAACACCACACAACGGGAAGUGACAGCAGGAACACAUCCCUCAACAGGUCAGUGAUCCCGUCUCUGCUGGACGACAAGCGUGCCAAACCCUCAUACAUGGCCAUGACCUCCGCCGCCCAGAGGAAGCGUAAACACACAGGGUACCAAUUCCACAGUGGUAAAGACUGCACACAAGUCCCGAUUGGGCCCAAGCGCGUGAAACAGGACACAGCACCGAUGAUCAGACCCAUAAGAGUGAGGCGGUACGGAGGGUCUGAGGAGGGCGUUCCUGACCGGAGGCUGGCGAGAAGUGUUUCCGAGGGCAACCUUGAGCUCAUCAGUGUUCAGAAGCCCAAGUCCACGUUUCUGAGAACACAGCAACUGUUUAAGAGAGUGACCAAGAGGCUGUGAUUGCUUUUCAUCGCUGAGAAACUAUUGGUCUUCUCUAUUUUAAUUUUUUAACAUUUUAUAUUGUAAAGUACAUUAAGUCUUAAGUUUGUGUACUGAGAAUCAUUUGAAAAGACCUCUUUCCUUGUUCCUCUAUUGUCAUUAAAAUUAUCUAAUUAAAAUGUUAAUCCUAUGCAUUGUCCUUUCUUGUCAACAUGGCAUAUGUAUAUAAAUUCUGAUUCAUCUUCACUUUCCCGUUGUAAAAUUUUUUUGUUCAUUUUAUUUUAUUUUAAGUAUUAGAUAAACAUUUUUAGCUAUAGCAAGCAAUUUGCCUCGUUAAUAUGUCUCUACCUUUAUUCGAAUGAUGGCACAUCCUGGUACCAAGGAGGGGAGAACAAAAAAAAAAACUGUUCUAUGAUUAUGUAUGUUUUUUUUGUUUGUUUUUUAAGGGAUGAAAAACAAUCGAGUAUGAGUGGGGGAAUAAACUUGUACAUGUUAUUAACAAAAUGUACUGGUGGUUAGCUUUACUGCAGUACAUGGUGUGCAUAUCUCCAACUUUUUUGGGGAGGGUUUCUGUAGCUAGCUAGCCAUUUCGCUACAAAAAAGCCUUUGGCUUCGUUUAUGAAGGUGAAUGUUUUACUGUAUCAGUAAGCUACAACUGAUAUCAAAGCUACUUAUCUACCCCCCACCCCUUUAAGUUUUAUGAUAUAUUAUGAUAUGUUAUUGAUCCUUCCUCCAUUGGAUGUUUUCUAUGAGUUGUGGUUAUCUGUAUAUCUUGUUAUGUCUGAAACACGCCUGUUUGACGAUGCUGUUGUCAGUUCAUUGGCACUCGACUCCUUGCACUCAUCAGUUUGUGUGGAUGGGACGUGGGCGUCCCAGGGCAUAUCAUAAAUCAUCUGAGUAAUAAAUGAUACCUUCACCUUG